CGGAUAUCUAUUCUGCCGGCAGUAAUAAUGCGGUACGCUACGCUACAUACAAGCACACGGAAACAAGAUCUUUUGCUUAUGAUAUGAAGAGAAGAAAUCCCCCCAAGGCACAUCUAGGAAAGAGAUUUUGUCCUGGCAUUUACAAUGCCCACAUUUCAUACCAAAACAUUUCGCCGCGCGACUACGGCAUCGUCAAGCAUUGGGGAACGAAUUGGUGCCCUGUACCGAGCAAAGCUGCCUAGACACCCGUUUCUUCUCUUCGGUCUCCCGUUCAUUGCAGUCAUGGUCGCAGGGUCUUUUGUUCUAACACCAGCUACGGCUCUAAGAUACGAACGAUACGACCGUAAAGUGAAACAAUUGAGCGAAGAGGAAGCUAUGGAUCUCGGCCUCAAGGGCCUUGGAGAAGAAGGAAUCAAGCGAAACCCAAGGAGACGUAUUGUGGGAGAUGAAAGGGAGGAAUACUAUAGGCUUAUGGCCAAAGAUUUAGACAAUUGGGAGCAAAAGCGAGUAGAGAGACUCAAGGGUGAGCCAGAUGGAAGGCUAUGACACGUCCAGUGUUACCCUGACAGUGGGAUUGAGCUUUCAUAUGUAUUUAUAGAAGCAGCCACUUAUUAUUCUUCAAUUAAUCCAAAAGCCUCGAUACUGUCAAGGGGGUUUAUCAUUUAUCAUACUUUCCUCGGAACCAUGGUGUUGAAAUCGACAGUUUUGCUUGUGUAAGAAACAUCUGGCACAGUAAGAUACGAGUACAGUAUGGUACAAAGAAGUCGUCGCUUGGCUCAUUGCGAUACGUUCACUGAAGAUCUUGGAAGAGACCUCAUGCAACAGGGCGGAAAGUGCGGAGGCAAAUAAUGCGUACUGAAGGCAGGCAAGGCAAACUUUGCC